AACGAAUUGCUUUGGGCAUUGAUAGUGGGAGUUAUUUUGGCAUUCAUCUUGGGUCUUGGAAUGGGAGCCAACGAUGUGGCCAAUGCGUUCGGUACUUCGGUCGGUAGUGGUGUUCUGUCUCUCAAGAAUGCUUAUAUUCUGGCAACGAUCUUUGAAACUCUCGGAGCACUUCUUGUCGGUUUGUUCUUCUACUUGUUCUUUGAAAUUUACUCUUCUGUUCAAUGCUAUUUUAAACUGAUUCACAUUUACCUUGAAGCACAACGGUUUAUUUUCAUUGACCUUUCGCGAUUUUAUUUCUUUGGCUUCUAA